AUGAAGCCGCAAUCGUUCAAAGGAGGAAUAGAACCAAUGAAGGCUGAAGCGUGGGUGAUUAGGAUAGAAAAGUUGUUUGAAGUUUUCCCUUGUACCAAAGCCCAAAAAGUACAACUUGCUACCUUCACUCUUGAAGACGAAGCGCGGAGGUGGUGGAUGCUUACAAGAACUAUGCAUCAAGGCUUAACAUGGGACAGAUUCUUGGAACUAUUUUAUGACAAGUACUUUCCUCAAAGUAUGCGAGACAAGAAGGUUACAGAAUUUGAAACCCUCAAACAAAGGAAUAAGACCGUUGCAGAGUAUGAAGCUCAAUUUGCAGAACUAGCCCGGUUUGCACCUCAUAUGGUAGAUACGGAUUAUAAGAAGGCACGAAAAUUUCAAGGGGGAUUACGGAGUGCUUUCCUGGAUCAAAUCAACAUGUUGAAGUUACCCACCUAUGUUGAUGUGUUGGAAAGAGCUAUUAUAGCAGAAGGAAAUAUUGCUGCUGAGAAUCGGAUCUCUGAGUGGAAAGGAAAAAGGUAG